AUGAUUCCAGGAGACACAGUCCCGGGACAACUUCUCCUGUCAAAAGAAAAAUGGGAUCUCCACCGCGCCGAUCAACCUUCAUCUGUAUGGCUACCGAUCGAUUUAUUUUGGUAUUCAAAAACGUUGAGUUCUCCGGCUAAUGACCAAGGAAGGGUCGGCGAGCUAGCCGGUGAAACUAAAACUGCUUGUACAAGUUCCUUAUUAUACCAAUGGGCCGCUGAUGCGCAACUUUGUGUAUUGGACAAGCUCAAAUGUAAGGCUUCAUUGACACCUGUGUGCGAGGAACGGAAAUGCCCAAUAGGCUCGGCAUUUCUCUGGAGCACCCGAUACCUUUCACAUCAACUGCCAGCGAAUGGAUGCAUCGCGCCGGUUCAAACAAAAACAAACCGCAUUCUGUAUUUGUGUCAAUUAUCUGGUGAUAAAUACCUGCUG